GGGAGCUCCACGUCCUCACUGUCACCUGGCAGCAGAGUGACCGCAGUCCCCGCUGUGCCAGGCUGGUGACACCCAGCGGGCUCUGGUGUCCCCAGGCUGGGCCCGGGGUGGCCGGCGAUGACCGACGCGGUGCUGGGCGGCUCCUCCGACCGGUGGAUGUGCCCCAGUGACAGGACCAUGUCCCUCCGAGCCAGCAGUGAGAAGGAGCAGCUCCCGGCGGGCUGGGCAGCACCGCCCGAGCGGCAGCGCAAGGGCGAGGAGCUGACAGACGAGGAGAAGGAAAUCAUCAACCGGGUGAUCGCCCGCGCCGAGAAGAUGGAGGAGAUGGAGCAGGAGCGCAUCGGGCGCCUGAUGACCCGGCUGGAGGACAUGCGCCGCAGCGUGCUGGGGGACGGUGUCAACCGCUGCAUCCUCUGCGGGGAGCAGCUGGGCGCCAGGGGCUCCGCCUGCGUCGUCUGCGAGGACUGCAAGAAGAACGUGUGCACCAAGUGCGGGGUGCAGACCACCAACAACCGGCCCCAGGCCAUCUGGCUGUGCAAGAUCUGCAGCGAGCAGCGGGAGGUGUGGAAACGCUCCGGUGCCUGGUUCUUCAAGGGAUUGCCCAAGCAGAUGCUGCCGCAGCAGAUGCCCGUCAGCAAGAAGGGACCCCAAACCCCGAGCGAGCCCCGCCCGGCCGAGCCGCCCGCCCCAGACCCCAAAAUCUCCUCCCGGGCACCCACCCGAGGCCAGGCGGAUGCCGAGGACACCGAGGGCACCGACGGCACAGCGGCGGCCCGGGGGAGCCGCAGAGCGGCCGAGGGCCGGCCGGGUCCGUGCGGCAGCGAGGACACCGGCGGGGACAGCGACAGCCGCGACUCCGCCGCCGACAGCGGGGUCAGCAGGAGCCCCGGUGUGAAGAGAACGAACUCGGUGCAGGGCCAGCGGCCGCCCCCGCCGGCCACCGCUGGAGCGGCAGCACCCGCAGCUCCCGUGGCCGCAGCAGCAGCAGCGAGGCCGAGUGCCGGGGGUCCCGCCCGCUUCCCGGAGAGACAAGCGAGCCCCCCGGAGCCGGCCCGCGCCGCCGCCAGGGAGGAGCGGGGAGGGGGCUUUGUCCCCGGCAGGGAGGACAGGCCGGCCUGGCAGCCCCCGGCCGCCGCGCAGCCCCCGCCCGCGGCCGCCGCCCCGCAGCGGCAGCAGCAGCAGCCCCGCGAGGAGGAGGAGGAGGACGCCAACAGCUACGACUCGGAUGAAGGCACCACGCUGGGAGCUCUGGAGUUCAGCCUGCUCUACGACCAGGACAACAGCUCCCUGCACUGCACCCUCAUCAAGGCCAAGGGCUUAAAACCAAUGGAUUCCAAUGGCCUGGCUGAUCCCUAUGUGAAGCUGCACCUCCUGCCCGGGGCCAGCAAGUCCAACAAGCUGAGGACGAAGACGCUGCGCAACACCCGGAACCCGGUGUGGAACGAGACCCUGGUGUACCACGGCAUCACCGACGAGGACAUGCAGAGGAAAACGCUCAGGAUCUCCGUGUGUGACGAGGACAAAUUCGGCCACAACGAGUUCAUCGGAGAAACCAGAGUUGCCUUGAAAAAACUCAAAGCCAACCAGAAAAAGAACUUCAACAUCUGCCUGGAGAGAGUAAUACCAACGAAGCGCACCGGAACAACCGGCGCAUCCCGUGGGAUGGCUCUGUACGAGGAGGAGGUGGACCGCGGUGGGGACGUGGAGGAGCGCGGGAAGAUCCUGGUGUCGCUGAUGUACAGCACGCAGCAGGGCGGGCUCAUCGUGGGCAUCGUGCGCUGCGUGCACCUGGCGGCCAUGGAUGCCAACGGAUACUCGGAUCCCUUCGUCAAGCUUUGGCUGAAACCUGACAUGGGAAAAAAGGCCAAGCACAAGACGCAGAUUAAGAAGAAAACGUUGAAUCCCGAGUUUAACGAGGAGUUCUUCUAUGACAUCAAACACAGCGACCUGGCCAAGAAAUCCCUGGACAUUUCCGUCUGGGAUUAUGACAUUGGAAAAUCCAAUGACUACAUCGGCGGUUGCCAGCUGGGAAUCACGGCCAAGGGCGAGCGCUUGAAACACUGGUACGAGUGUUUGAAGAACAAGGACAAGAAGAUCGAGCGCUGGCACACCCUGCAGAACGAGAACCACGUGGCCAGCGAUUAAAGGGAGCCUCUGCCCGGGCCUCCCCACCCUCUGCCACGCCCCUGUAGGUCCCCGAUGUCCCCGGUGUCCCUGGUGUCCCGUCUUCCAGCGCAGCCACGCCUUGCUACAGCCUCUGACCCCAGGGUCCUCCGCCUCCUCCGAGCCCCUUCCGUCCUCCCCUCCGCUGAAAGCCACCCCCAGAUGUUUUCUAGUCCUUCUUUAUUUAUUUUCAGCUGGGGGAGGGAGGCCGUCGAGUUCCCCUGGUGUGUAAUUUCGGCAAGCAAUAGUUCCCUCCUGACUGUUCCCCUCCCUCUCUCCCCGGUGCCCGUGGCAGCGUUCCCGUCACGUUCCCGACACUCCGGCCUCUGCUCCUCUCCCAGUGGGAGAUCAGAGUGCUGGGCUGGGAGUGCCAGCCCUGUCCUGCUUGUGUGAUCUCAACACCUCAGCUGCGACACCGAAGCAGCUCCUUGGCUUUGGUGUGGCUGUCACCGUCGCCUGGUGUCCGUGUCGUCGUGGUUAGGCCAAAUCCGGUGUCACCGGCGUCAUCCCGCCAGCCCCGCUUGAGCUUCACCUCUGGUCUGGCCCACCUUGAGCAACGCUGUGGCACGUCCUCUGCUGAGAAGAGCCACCACCAACACAGUGACAGCGACAAGGAGGGUUUGGGGAGCUCUGUGCCCGCAGGGAGGCGGGUUUGGGUCGGUUCCUCCGCCCGAGGGAUCCGGGGGCUCCGCUGCUGUGGGAGCCCAGCUGUGCUUUAGGGUUGUGACUACCUCCUCUUCACCUCCGAGCUGUGUGGUAGUGACUGGCCGAGCCCUGAAGGUGCCCUCAGCCCCCUCCUGCUUCCAAGGAUUUAGUUUUCCUCAGGAAGGGAGCUGAGGGAGCUGCACUCCCCCCCAGCCCCCUGAUGUGUGCGAGGAUUAUCUCUUUAAACCACCCCAGCUCCUGGAAUUAGCUGGGACAGCCCAGGAUCUUCCAAACUUGGGUUGUUUCGCUUUGGUUUUCUUUCGUUUUUUUCCCAAUUUUCUGCACAAGAACCUUUGUCCUCAGCCUGUGCUUUAAGGAUGGCCUGGAGCUGUCGGAUCUGCCCUGGACAGCAGGAGAGCAGGCUCUGCAUGCAGCAGCUGCUGUGGGCAGUGGAGCCAUUCCCUGCCUCUGGAGCCAUUCCCUGCCUCUGGAGCCAUUCCCUGCCUCUGGAUAACCCCAAGCAUAGCCCUGGGGAUAGGAGCACACUAAGCACUAUGGAAUAUAGGGAAUAUUUUUGGUCACACUGGGCAUGUUGUGUGAAACCUCCCCCAGGCAGGUUCCCUGCACCCUCUGCUGCAGCUGCUGGCUCUUUUGAGUUGGAUCAGUUUUGGGUUUUUGUUUUGUUUUCCUGACAUUUUAUUUCCUCCCACCCCCUGCAGAACUUGCUGAUGUGCCCUGAUUGUCCCCAGCCCGGGUGACACAAACCCCUCAGAGCUGGCCCAGCCUGACACAGGCUCCCCUCUCCUUGGAUCUCCAGGUGGGAAGAGCCAACCCAUUCCCAGAGCCGGGAAUCCUCUCCCAUCACCCCAGGCUUGUGGGGGGUGGAAUGGAAGAGGGCACCUGGAAAUUUCCCCCUUUUUCAUGGAAUUCUUGCCUCUGUGCCAGCCAGUGUGGCACCCCUGAGCCCCUCUGGCCAGGGCCCAGACCAAAACAAUCCCGUUCUUUUGGAUUGUUCCCUCUGCAUCCCGUGCUGAAGCCUCCCUGCUCCAGGCCCAGGUGAGCUGUGGGACGCUGGGAUCCAGGAUCAAAACUCUCCCUUUUCCAACCUUAAUGGCUCUGAGCUGCCUCCAUCCUUCCCAGAGGGAUGGACGUGGCCCAAACAUUCCUGCUCAUGCCCAGAGCAGCACUUGGGCAUGGAGCUGUGCUGGGGAAAUGAGUGGCUGAGGGUAAAAAAACCCUUUAAAAUCAUUAUUUAAGCAAUUCCUUAAUUUCUCCCAGUCCUGCAGCAGCCCAGCGUACUUUGUAUGUGCAGAACAACUCACUUAAGGUCGCCCUUACCCUGUCCUGUAUUCCCAUUCCCUGUUCAGCCUGCUUUCUUUGGGAAAAGGAUACUCAGAUCAUCUCUUUGCACCUCCAAAAAUCAAGUGCAACUUGCCAAUCUCCUCAGUAUUGUGCAAAACCACGGCCCUGGUCUCUGCCUCACCCCUUCUCAGUUUUUCUGAUGGUAAUUCCUGCCCUGAAUGACUUCUUUUUGUUGUAAAUAAAGCAUGCACCUAUGGAUUGGGAAUGGUGAAAAACAAACAAACAAAAAAGCAAAAAAAGAAAAUGAAAAGCCUCUUCUACUGCUGUUUGCAUUCAGAGUCGCAUGCAGUGAUUUUACAGCCAAUUAUCAGUUUACAACUGUUAAGAGAAAAGGAAAACGUUCCACAGGAAUUAGAAAUCCUCCAGUCUUCCGCUGCAUGCAGCACAACAUCCUCUCUUGAUGUGGUAUCUAAUAAAG